ACCCGCGUGAUCGGGUCACGUGGUCUGUCGCAUAAAUACAGAGGAGCCGCUUCUCUCAAUCAGUUUGUUCAUCAGUCACCCAAAGACACCCCAUUCUAGACAUAAACCAGCAGCCCGAGGGUUGAAGUUCACACCUCCAGCUGACGAACCCCUGGCAGACAAUAUGUGGCAUUCAGCCUUUCUCUUACUGGCUGCCAGCUUGUCUGUAAGCCUAGCCAGACCCCGUUUCACACCCAUGUCCAGUGAGCUGGUCAACUACAUCAACAAGGUCAACACUACUUGGACGGCUGGUCACAACUUCCAUAAUGUUGACUACAGUUAUGUCAAGAGACUCUGUGGUACGCUGCUGAAGGGACCGAAGCUGCCAGUCAUGGUUCAGUAUGCUGGAGACCUGAAGCUGCCUAAGAACUUUGACUCCAGAGAGCAGUGGCCCAAUUGUCCCACUCUGAAGGAAGUCAGAGACCAAGGCUCCUGUGGCUCCUGCUGGGCAUUUGGCGCUGCAGAGGCCAUCUCUGACAGAGUGUGUAUCCACAGCAAUGCCAAGGUCAGCGUGGAGAUCUCCUCAGAGGAUCUGCUGACCUGCUGCGAGAGCUGUGGCAUGGGAUGUAACGGUGGCUACCCUUCAGCUGCCUGGGACUUCUGGACCCGUGAGGGGCUGGUCUCUGGCGGUCUCUAUGACUCCCACAUUGGUUGUCGGCCUUACACCAUCCCCCCCUGUGAACACCAUGUGAAUGGCAGCAGACCCUCCUGCUCUGGAGAAGGAGGAGAUACACCCCAGUGCGUCAAGCAGUGUGAAGCUGGAUACACACCUAGCUACAAAGGAGACAAGCACUUUGGUAAAACGUCUUACACCGUGCUGGCAGACGAGAAGCAGAUUCAGAGCGAGAUAUCCAAGAAUGGCCCAGUAGAGGCCGCCUUCACCGUCUUUGAAGAUUUUGUGCUGUACAAGUCUGGUGUGUAUCAGCAUGUGUCUGGGUCUGCCGUCGGGGGCCAUGCCGUCAAGAUCCUGGGCUGGGGAGAAGAGGGCGGUGUUCCCUACUGGCUCUGUGCCAACUCCUGGAACACUGACUGGGGUGACAACGGAUUCUUUAAGUUCUUGCGGGGAUCUGAUCACUGUGGUAUUGAGUCUGAAAUUGUGGCGGGGAUUCCCAAAUAAAUUCUAAGAUCUCGGCUGCAGGGUUGGUACUUAAUCUGAAGAGAGCGACACACAAAUGCCUGUUUUUCAAACUCUGAGAGCUACUUGGGCUUUUAAAUUAUUUUUUUUUAGAUAAAGCCCUCUGAUCACCUUGCACACUAUGUAUGUGGGUUUUAUUUUGACAAUAGCCAAAAACGACUCUGGCGCAACAGUUUUAUUGACGUUAUGUAUGAGGGUCUUAUACCUUCGCCUCUUACAUUGAUGCUAAUGAAGUUUGCACAGUAAGAAAAUGUUUUUUUAAUGUUUUAUGUGCAUUCAAUUUUUCCGGGAGAUUUGAUGCACGUUGUUACAUUUUCAGCAUGAGCAGAGUCUUGGAGCAAAACAGCUUGAGAUACAUUACAAGACUGCCUAGUACAGCAAAGACUGUUAGAAGUAACACAGCUUUCAUAUUUGAUAUUUCUCUUCAACAUUAUUCCUGUGCCUCAAAUGCCACCAUAAUGUUAGGAUCUACGGAUUUGUGAUGGGAUGUUUUUAUUGUUUGCCUGUACGAAUCGAAAUAUUGCCACAUAACUGUUCUGAAGUUAAUAAAGCAAUAUGGUUCCCAA